AUGGAAGGCUAUCGCACUAAUAGGUCAACGACUAAAAGUCAGGCUCAGAAUCCACCAAAACAGGCUACACUUUUACAAAAACCCGGUAACAUAAAAUCCUCUAACCCUCCUUCCAAGGUUUCAAAUCCUGAUUCUACCCAAAGUAACUCUUCUGGUACCAGAUUGGUAUACAAUAAGGACCAGAACACACAAGACUCAUUUUCUGGGAAAUUAAAACCAGGAGAUGAGGUUAGAACAAAGAGAGCCAGGACUGCAAAACCUGACGAUGAAAAGACUGUAAAGAACCCCGAGGCCAUAAGUCCUGUAAGGACGGAUAAUGAGGACCUGAUCAACGGUCUUGCUCUACAGCGCCAAUGGGACGAGAAGCCAGAUAUUGACAACCUUUCAAACUCACUACUCAACUUGUACCAAAAGCUUGAAUCGAAAGAUCGUUCUGGGCUGGCUGAUUUGAGGGCCAAGAUAUUCCUAUCUUCUCUAAGGGUCCGAUCAAAGAGUAUUUCCUACCUUAAUUUCACUGGAAGUCGUCUGAAAUCAGUAAUAAAGUUCUCAAAACACUUGAAUCUAAAGUAUAACACUGUCAAUUAUAAUGUUCCCAGGAUUGAGAAGCACUAUUUAGCCCUGUGCAAGUAUUAUCAGAGGAAAAGAGGCCUGAACGAGGUUUAUGAAAAGUUGAGUAGUGUAGUUUCCAAGCUCCCUGGCGUAAAACAGGCCCAGCAAACUGCCGAAGAACUGGCUGUUAACAAAGCUAAAACACUUGAGAAAAUCGCAAAAAUAAAGGAACAGAUUCAGGCGCAAAAGGAUCAAAUUAACGAAAUCACGCAGUCACUUUCAAAUAUUCUAGAUGAAGAAUCUUAA